UUCAGAGACAGAUUUGCACGUGAAAAGAGAAACCUGGAGUCGACAGUACUGUCCCUUCAGAGCAGCCUGGAACUGACACAAGAGAGAGUGAACAAAGAAGAGGAAUACAAGGGUACAACUCAAGCCGCACAAAAACAACUCAUGGGAGAAAAACGAGAACUGCUUGCCAAGUGAGUUGAGUUGCUCAAAGGACUAAGCAGUUUCAGCUAGUGUACACGCUAAUUCGGUCCUGUUCGGUCUAAAGGUGGAUAACGCUAUUCGUCCGUCAUUGAAAUUAACUCAACUGAUUAUCCUUAUUAUAUUUAUCAACUGGAUAGCUCUAUCCUACUUUUAAACAGCCUGUACUUGGCUUGAAAUAGGGACCUUACGACCGAACCACAAUGUCAACGGGAGUAGAGUUAAUAAGCAAAACAACAGUUCUGCACGUGCAUCGCGCUUUUUUGUCAAGUGUUUUGCCCUCCCUGCACGACUACGACGCGAAAUGGCCGAUUUUAUUUUUACUUGAGGAAGGAACGGCAAAGCGAUCAAUUUUAUUUUCUUUGUGUGAAGUCCGACGUGGUUCCCUCUCUUCAGCUCCAACCUAAUUUCUCUUCUUAAGGAGCUGGUUGACUUGCAAGAAUGGCGAAAAAGUUUCAAAGGAUGAAAAGGCUAUAUUUCAGCAGCGAUGUUUUCAUUGGCGUCGCCGUUGUCGGAUCCCGAGGUCCCUACUAAGGGCCUGUUUACAUGGAGGUGGGUGACCCCGGGCAGGUGAGGUAUCAUGUGGCGGGACACCCCAGUUAUCAUGUUAACGUGAUCAGAUUAAAAUGAGAGAUUAUAUGGACAGGUGGGUUACCCCACCUAAGCGGGUUACCUCACCUACCUGGGGUCCCCCACCCCCAUGUAAACAGGCCCUAAGACUACGGAUGUUCAUGUGUUAGGUUCUGUCAAUAAACAGAUUGGAGUAUUGAGCUAGUGCUUUAGAUGCCCACCAUAAAAACUCGUCUCUGAUUGGUUAAUUGUUUAAUGUAAACAGAUUAACAGACAGCGAAGAGGUCAUCCGGGAACAUCUGAGAAGUUUACGUCAGAGACAGGCUGCCCUAAAUGCAAUGGAGAAAGAGAACACAGAACUUCACGACAAAGUUAACUUGCUUGUACAAGAAAAGGCUACCAUUACAAGAGAGCUUGAGAAAGCUAAGGUCAGUAUAACUUCCGAAAUAUGUUAUAUGGGCCAAUCAGGUGAAUAACCAACUGUUGAUACCAUCACCUCAGUAUAAGCAACUCAUUUUGACGGUGACGAUGACUACCGCACAGGUUGUCGAAACGUCAGUCACUGAAUUUCAAUGUGUCAGUACAGUAUAUUAAUAUCGCCAAAUUUUAAAGAAGCGCGCUCUUAUUAGGUUUGGAAUUUACAAAAUCUUAAUUUAAAUCAUAAACAUUUGCAUGCCGAUGAUGAUGGUAUAAUCCCUAUUAGACUUGCUACAAGUCGACCUCUUGGCGAGCGGAGCGAGCCUUUUUUGGCCGCAAAGCGGCCGACAAAGGACUUUUUUGCCCAUAUGAAAUCCGACGAAGGACUUUUUUGAAAGUCUAAAUCCCUAUUUGCGAUUGUAAACUCUUAAAACUCAUUUGGAGUAGAUACCAAAAUCUUAAAUCAAGCUAACAAUAUUUUUGAUAAUUUUACUACUGUCGAACCACUGCUGGCGGCCACCUGUCUCAGUACAACGGCGACCCCUCUAUAACGGCCACUUUUAUUUGUCCCGGCGGACAAAAAAUCCAUACAUUGACUCUUGUUUAAACCCUCUCUACAACGGCCUCUUUUUUUGUCUCGGCGGACAAAAAAUCCAUACAUUGACUCUUGUUUAAACCCUCUCUACAACGGCCUCUUUUUUUGUCUCGGCGGACAAAAAAUCCAUACAUUGACUCUUGUUUAAAAACUCUCUACAACGGCCACUUUCUUCUGUCCUCACGGUGGCCGUUGUAGAGAGUUUCAACCGUACACCUGAAUAUAACCCUAGGGUACAAUUUACCCAAACCAGUUACUGUAUUUUAUUCUAGGCUCUCCUGUCAAGCCCCUACACGAGCCCUAAAGCAUCAGGACCCAUCGACUCUCAAGUUCUAAAGAACGCUCUUGCGCGAUUGAAUCAAAUGGAUUCACUGGAGAGGUCCUUCUCAUCACCCUCUCCUGACCUGUAUUCUCCAGAAUACAGGUCCCCUGAAAGGACUCUGGCCAGUAAUGCACUGAAUGGUUCACUAAAUGGAACAUAUCGGCCUGGGCUAAUGAGCAGUACGGUACACUAA